CAACUCACCACCACCACGUCCUGGAAGGGAGGGGCAGCACGGGGGAAAGGCCCAGCCCAGACUGAAAUCUCCCCAGAGAUGAAAUAAUCCCCAACACCAGGAUCCAGCUUCCCACAAUAAAACUUCCUCAGAUCACAGCAGCCUAAAAGCAGCAAAGUCACACGGGUUCAGGCGGGACCCGUGACUGCAUUUUUUAAGCCUCCCUUCAAACUACCUGCAAAGGGGAAACAGAUCCAUUUGUGGUUUGGGGAGAAAAGAGGGGUGAGCUAAUCCAGCAUCACGUGCCAUGGGGUGAGACGGAUCAUGCAUCGGAAUGGAAACACCGCUGGGGGAGGGGGUCAAAUCCCCUUUCUAGUGCGCAAAGUAGUGGGUCUGUGAUUCGAUCAAAUUCCCCAACAACAACAUCUCAGAUUAUGGCCAGAAAAAAAAGAAGAGGGAUUAUAGAGAAAAGGCGCCGUGAUCGUAUAAAUAACAGUUUAUCUGAGUUGAGGCGGCUUGUGCCAACUGCUUUUGAAAAACAAGGAUCUGCAAAAUUAGAAAAAGCAGAAAUACUGCAAAUGACAGUGGAUCAUUUGAAGAUGCUCCAGGCAACAGGAGGUAAAGGUUAUUUUGAUGCUCAUGCACUGGCCAUGGAUUUCAUGAGCAUUGGAUUCCGAGAAUGUUUAACAGAAGUUGCAAGAUAUCUGAGCUCAGUGGAAGGUCUGGACACAUCUGAUCCGCUAAGAGUUAGACUUGUGUCUCAUCUCAGCUCUUGUGCAUCUCAAAGGGAAGCUGCUGCAAUGACCUCAUCCAUGGCUCAUCACCAUCAUCCCUUGCAUCCUCACCACUGGACAGCAGCAUUUCACCAUCUCCCUGCCGCUUUACUGCAGCAGAAUGGACUUCAUUCCUCUGACACCACUCCUUGUAGACUUUCAACAGCGUCGGAAGUGCCUCCUCAUGGCUCUGCUCUUCUCACGGCCACCUUUGCCCAUGCUGACUCUGCACUCAGAGUGCCCUCUGCUGGCAGUGUUGCUCCCUGUGUUCCACCUCUUUCUACCUCUCUUCUCUCGCUCUCUGCCACUGUACACGCUGCUGCUGCAGCUGCUCAGAGCUUCCCUCUGUCUUUCGCUGGAGCAUUCCCAAUGUUUCCACCUAGUGCAGCGGCAGCAGUGGCAGCUGCAACAGCAAUCAGCCCACCAUUAUGUGUAUCGGCAGCUUCCAGCCCUCAGCAAACUAGCAGUGGUGGAAAUAGUAAACCCUACCGACCUUGGGGGACUGAAGUUGGAGCUUUUUAAGACACACACACACACACACACACACACACACACACACACCAUCUUUGGACUUCAUGCAGUACUAACUCAGGCUGGGUCUACACUACCUGCCUGAAUCGGCGGGUAGAAAUUGACCUCUCGGGGAU